GUAUCUAAUUAAAACCUGAUUUUAAACCUAACCUUCACCGCAUUGCUAACAUCAUGCCUAACCCUACAUUUAAAUUAAGACUAGCGUGUUUCUAAUAGACACAGCCACAAUCACAAAGUCAAAAUUGCCUAUAUCGUUAAAAAAACGGCUUUGGGGGUGUUCAUGUAGUUAUAAGGCAGUGUGGUUAUGUUAAAAAAAAUCUGAUUGUAAGAAAUUGUAGAAAUAUGCGGGGGUUUUGCCUUGGUGGCUGUGUUAACUAGUGACGACGGCUGUCGUGGGCUGCCCAGGCUUCCAGGCUUUGCGGGUGAAAACAUGGCAGGCAUGAGUGCGGCGGGUCCUCGGUCGGCCUCUGCCGGACUGGUUCAACAAGGACUUAAAGAAGCCCUGAUUGAUACGUUAACGGCUAUCCUGUCCCCGGUUCAAGAAGUGCGAGCAGUCGCUGAGGAGCAAAUAAAAGUGUUGGAAGUGACAGAGGAGUUUGGAGUCCACCUUUCAGAGCUAACUGUGGAUACUCAGGGAGCUCUGGCCAUUCGUCAGUUGGCCUCAGUCAUCCUAAAGCAGUAUGUGGAGACCCACUGGUGUUCCCUUACUGAGAAGUUCAGGCCCCCAGAGACCACAGACCGGGCCAAGGCAGCCAUCAGGGAGCUUUUGCCUGGGGGUCUCAGGGAGGCCAUCAGUAAGGUACGGUCCAGUGUGGCCUAUGCUGUGUCGGCCAUCGCUCACUGGGACUGGCCCGAAGCCUGGCCUCAGCUCUUCACCCUUCUCAUGGACUUGUUGGUCAGCGGCGACGUCAGCGCAGUGCACGGGGCCAUGAGGGUCCUCACAGAGUUUACCCGUGAGGUGACAGAUACUCAGAUGCCUCUGGUGGCCCCAGUAAUUCUGCCUGAGAUGUACAAGAUCUUCACCACGAUGGAGAUCUACAGCAUCCGUACCCGCUCCAGAGCCGUGGAGAUCUUCACCACCUGUGCCUACCUUAUCUGUGCAAUAGAGGAGCUGGAGAAGGGUGCGGCCAAGGCUCUGAUCUUCCCCGUAGUGCAGCAGUUCACUGAGGCAUUCAUUCAGGCCCUGCAGAUGCCUGAUGGACCCUCCUCAGACAGCGGCCUCAAGAUGGAGGUCCUCAAGGCUGUGACUGCUCUAGUGAAGAACUUCCCCAAACCCAUGGUUUUGUCCAUGCAGCAGAUCCUGCCCAUCGUCUGGAACACCCUGACAGAGAGCGCUGCUGUUUAUGUCAGAACAGAAGUCAACUACACAGAGGAGGUAGACGACCUCAUUGACUCUGACGGUGAGGUUCUGGGCUUUGAGAACCUGGUGUUUAGUGUCUUUGAGUUCAUCCACACGCUGCUGGAGAACAGCAAGUUCAAGAGCACAGUGAAGAGGGCUCUGCCUGAACUGAUCUACUACAUCAUUGUCUACAUGCAGAUCACUGAGGAUCAGAUCAAGGUGUGGACGGCCAACCCCCAGCAGUUUGUAGAGGACGAGGAUGACGAUACCUUCUCCUACUCCGUCAGGAUCUCAGCCCAGGACCUGCUCCUGGCUGUGGCGACAGAGUUCCAGAACGAGAGUGCGGCAGCGUUGGUGGCGGCAGCGACAAGACACCUGCAGGAAGCGGAGCAGGCCAAGAACAGUGGCAACGAACACUGGUGGAAGGUCCAUGAGGUGUGUUUGUUAGCUCUGGGCUCAGUGAAGACUAUCAUCACAGAGAACGUGAAGAACGGCCGGAUUCAAUUUGAUAUGCACGGCUUCCUGGCUAACGUCAUCCUGGCUGACCUCAACCUUGCAGCGGCCUCUCCGUUCCUGCUGGGCCGUGCCCUUUGGGCAGCCAGCCGCUUCACAGCAGCCAUGACCCCUGAGCUCAUCCAGCAGUUCCUCCAAGCCACCGUCAGCGGCCUGCACGACAGCCAACCCCCCUCGGUCCGCAUCUCAGCUGUACGCGCCAUCUGGGGGUACUGUGACCAGCUGAAGCUGUCACAGAGUACCCACGUGCUGCAGCCGUUCCUGCCUGCUGUUCUGGACGGGCUGGUGCAGCUGGCAGCCCAGUUCAGCUCUGAGGUUCUCACCCUGGUCAUGGAGACCCUGUGUAUCGUCUCCACCGUGGACCCAGCCUUCACCACCAGCGCAGAGAACAAGAUCUGCCCCCUCACCAUCGCCAUCUUCCUCCAGUAUAGUAACGACUCAGUGGUGGGGUCUCUGGCCCAGGACAUCUUUAAGGAGCUGGCCCAAAUCGAGGCUUGCCAGGGACCCAUGCAGAUGCGCCUCAUCCCCACCCUGGUCAGCAUUAUGCAGGCCCCCCCUGACAAGAUCCCCUUUGGCCUGUGUGCAACAGCCAUAGACAUCUUGACCACAGUGGUCAGAUACACCAAACCCCCGCUCUCUGAGAUGUUGGUCUGUCAGGCCUUCCCUGUGGUGGCCCAGUGUACCCUCCGCACAGAUGACAACACCACCAUGCAGAACGGUGGCGAGUGUCUGCGGGCGUACGUGUCGGUGGCCCUGGAGCAGGUGGGCCAAUGGAGGGACAUGGAGGGCCACAGUGGUCUGUGGUACGUGAUGCAGGUGGUCAGCCAGCUACUUGACCCUCGGACAUCAGAGUUCACUGCCGCCUUCGUGGGCCGCCUGGUGUCUACGCUGAUCGCCAGUACCGAGCUGGGAGAGCAGCUGGACCAGAUCCUCAGAGCCAUCCUCAGCAAGAUGCAGCAGGCCGAGACACUCAGUGUCAUGCAGUCUCUGAUCAUGGUGUUUGCCCACCUGGUCCACUCUCAGCUGGAGCCUUUGUUGGAGUUCCUGUGCAGUCUGCCGGGCCCCACGGGGAAACCGGCCCUGGAGUUUGUCAUGGCCGAGUGGAUGAGCCGACAGCACCUCUUCUAUGGACAGUAUGAGGGCAAAGUCAGUACGGUAGCCCUGUGUAAGCUUCUGCAGCACGGCCUCAACACAAACGACAAGCGUCUCCAGGACAUCGUCGUAAAGGGUGAGGAGCUCUUGGGCCCUGACGAGGGCAUCCGCACACGCUCCAAAUCUUCCAGGAAACCAGAGAAGUGGACCAACAUUCCGUUGCUAGUGAAGGUCUUUAAGUUGAUUGUCAAUGAGCUGUCAUCAGUGGUGGAGGCCAACGCAAUCAGAGCUGCCGCAGCAGACUGGAGUCCAGAUUCAGUAGGAAUGUGGGAGGAGGAGGAAGAAGAGGAUGAGGAGGAGGAGGAUGAAGGGCUGGCCGGGCAGCUUCUCUCUGACCUCAUCGCUUCCAACAAAUAUGAUGAAAACUACUAUGAGGAGGAUCUAGAUGCCUUGAAGGACCCCAUAUAUCAGAUAGACCUCCAGGCCUACCUGACAGAUUUCCUGACCCAGUUUGCCCACUCUCCGUGCUACAGCAUGUUCUCUGGCCACCUCAACGAUGCUGAGAGGAGAGUCCUGCAGUCUAUCAGCAUCUAAACCUGCCUCCAUCACCCCCUUCCCUACCAUAACUCUCUUGUCCAAUCCCUCUCGCUCACCAGCCAAUUACCAACCCCUGAGUGGGGGAAAGGCUCUGAUUGGCCAGGUGGUUGUUGAUGCUUUACCUCCAUCUCCAACAGAGGAACAUGAAUGGACGGGGGAGAAGAGACAGACUUGCACUUACCCAUGAGAGUCUUCUGACUGAAAGGAUGGCCAGGAAAAUACUGCAGAUUUGUGAAGGUUGAGGUUAGAUUUAGGGAAGUGAGGGACACCCAGGUUUGUUCCGAGAGAGGACUGGGAGAGUGAUCUCCUUAGUGUCUCCUCGCUCCUCUGCCCUAUUGGACUUGUUGGGAUGUGAGAGGGGUUGAUGUUUUACAACUGGAGAAUCAGGCAGGGCAACUAUGAUAUAUGAACUGUCUUUACUGUGUCCCAUUUGUAACUCAACCCACUUAUUUUUGUGUGUCUGUAAAAAAAAUAUAUAUUAUGUAACCUUCCAAGAGGCAAAAGAGACUUAAUGAUGAUGGAAAGACAGAAUGAACAUUGGCGGCCUUAUUGACUUCUGAUUGGGAUGAAAACCUUGAGGUCUUCCGGUCCCAACUAGGGUCUGGGUGGGUAUGAGGGAUUCACACUGUUCCCAUGGUGACUCAAAGCCAUGUAAUGUCAUUGUACCCACUGGAGUUGGAAUGAAAGUCUAAAUAAAUUCCCAACAGGACAGCA